UCAGUCAGCAGCAGAGCACCGCGGAGGGAGCAUUGCUAGGUAAGUGUCCAGAGUUCCAGAGAAACAGAGAGGACUUCCCUGCUUCGCUAGACAAACUACGGCAGCUGAUAGAAGACAAAGUUCACGUCCUACAAUCCCCAUUCACUGAGGAGCAACAGGGUUUGGUGUGUGAGGAGAACACAGGGAGAGAAGGACUGUGGAGGUUUGCCGUUUUGAGUAAGAAGCUGACCUUUCACCUCCAGCAGCUGCAGAAACAGACAGAGCAGGAGCUCAGCAACAUACACACACAACUCUUGCAGAUUGAAGGCCGCCAGCAGCUGUUGACCACCGAGCUUUUUCAUCUUCAGGAGAAGAAGAAACAGACGGAACGAGAGCUGCAGAGGAACUCCAGCCUUCAGACGUCCGCUUUUCAGCUGUGUGUUUGUCGGGAGCUUCAGGCCUCCGUCACCGAGUGUUUGCUCCAAUCAGAGAGGUUGGUGUUCCAAGAGGAGGCACUGAGCGCGCUCCGUAACCUGCUGAGCCAAGACCUGCAGAGGUACCAGGAAGAGACGCAGAGACUCACCUGUUUCACACGGAAAAUACUCAAACAAUCCCACAGGUCAGACCCAGAGGAAACGUCCAGCAGCAGACAGAGUGACGGCAGCAUGCAGGGAAAGAACGAGCCAGAGCAAGAAAACAACAUGCAUGCACCCAAGUACCCUUCCUACCAAUCACCACUUAGUCCUCGCCAGACCACCAAUGAAGAAGAGGCAGAACAGGCCUGGAGAGCCAGUCAUAAGAAAGCAGCUGCAGGCCUGCCCCGCAGUUCAAACCUGCACCGAGCUGGAAGCGUCAAAAACCUGAUCAGUAAAUUCUCUGGUCAGGAUCACGUCUCUUCUUCCGGUUCCCCACAGAGCCUCUCUUCUGGAACAGAAGUCCCAAAGUCUGCUUCUGCAGACAAUCUCGAGUCUCCAAAGUCCAAGUCGAGUCCGUCCACACCGAGCGGCGUCGGACGAGACGAGAGUCCAGUUCCCAGCAUCACUGUGACUCCUCCGUUAAUGGGAACCAGUCAGAACGUGGCUCAAUCAGCUCAAAGAAGCAUCAGUACUAGUCAGAUCUCUGCCAGGAUUGAUUGUCCAGUAGGAGGCAGUUUAAAGAAGACUAACUCAGAACCGAGGGGAAAAACACAAACCACAGACUCUGGUAGAGACUCAGUGGCUGACUCCGGCAUGGGAUCGGAGUCUGAAUUUGAUUCGAACAAGCAGUCCGACAGCCCGUCAGAGGAGGAGCCCACCACACCCCGAGCUGUGCCAACCAGCCAGAACCCCAAAUAUCAGCUGUACCUCAGCAACGAGCACAGGACCAACGGGUUGAAUGGCAGGGAUGCAGAUGGUCCAGGAGGCGGCGGGACGGUGGGGGAGAACGGCCCCAGGCUGACUCCAUGGGAGACCAACCGGCUGGGGAUGAACCACUAUAAAGGGUCCCUGGAGUCCCUGGCCUCACGGGACUUUGACACUAUGCCUGACAGGUGGGGUGUUGUUGACAGCCCUCCCAGGGUGUUCAACAGUCCAUACGCCACGGCCACCUCCAUGGAUUACAACCCCAUGUACCGAAUGUCUGAGUUCAAGGGUCAGGGUGGACUGUCUCCUGCCACCUCAGAUAUGAACAUAUACAGCUACAACAGUCGCAGCACCAGCCCAGUGGGCAUGGCCACAUCCACCCUCAUCAACCCCCGCCCCCGAUUCUCCGCAUACGACACUCUGGUGAAGAGGAGGGCCGAGGUCAACAACCCCGUGGUAGUACCAACCCACUACAGCAUGCGCUCUGCCACUCUGCCCAAUAAAAAAGACUACAUAGAGGAGUUGACCAAACAGCUGGAUGCCUGCCAAAAGCGUAACCAGUUCCUGGAAGCAGAGAGUGUGGAGAUGGAGAAGGAGAGGAACCAGAUAAGGUUUGAGAUGCGCGGCCUGCUGGUGAACAACGAGGACCUACUGAGGACCAACACUCAGCUGACCAACGAGAUGAAAAAGAUGAGAGAGCAGAUGAUAGAGAUGGAGAGAGAGAACCAAUCCAUGGGCGAGAGAUACCGAGAGAUGGAGAUUGAGGUGAAGCAGGCCCGGGACAUGAUGGUGGAGGCCAACACUCAGGAGUACGCCUUCAAUUAUCUUCAGCAGUCCCUCAAAAACAAGAUCCAGGACACUGAGGAGAACCUGGAGAAGCAGACGCAGCACGCCAAGACGCUGUCGGAGAAGUUGUGGCUGGCAGAGAGACAGCUGGAGGAGAUGGAGAUAGACAGAGACACCAGAGACAAGAGGUCAUCUGAUCUCAACAGCUCCAUCCUCAGACUGGAGACAGAGCUGGCGGAGGCCCUGCAGGUGUCCACGCAGGCUACAGCCGAGCUGAGCCUGCAGCAGAAGCUGCGGGACGACGGGCAGCUGCGGGUGGAGGAGCUGGAGGAGGCUCUGCUGGAGAAGGAGCAGGAGCUGCAGAGACUGCAGCUGCUCGUCAGCAGACUGCAGGGAGAGGUCUCUGGUAAGCUGAGUGAUAAGGAGCAGACACUGGAGGAGGAGAUCCAGCUGAGAGAGAGGAUCCAGCUGCAGUGUAAGCAGGCGGAGAGGAUGGUGGAUGACCUCCGCAUGGAGCUGCACAGCACCAACCAGGCCAAAGAUGACCUGGCCAAACAAGUCAAACAGGCUCAGGAGAAGAUGAUCGACCUGGAGAGUGAUCUGGAGGAGCUGCAUGACAGCGAGCAGAGAUGGGCCGCUAAACACAAGAGAAGCAUCGAACAGACCGAGCAGCUGCAGCUGAAGCUGAUUCAGGAGAAAGAUCUCAACGACCAGCUGGAAACUGAGAAGGCCACCAUGGAGAGACAGCUGCGUGAGCUGCGUCUGGAGGUGGAGGAGCUUCACAGCUCCAGAGUUCAGGAGGACGUCAUCUCCCGGGCGGAGAGCAGAGUCAAAGAGCUGGAGAACACUCUGAGGACAGAGGAGAGGAACAAGUCUGUUCUGACAAACACCAUCAGUAAACUGGAGAGGAGGAUCAACGAGCUGAGCGAUCAGAUGGAAGAGGAACACCGGAUAGCUACAGAGCAGAAAGACCUGAUGACCCAGAGGAUGCGCUCUCUGAAGCGCCAGCUGAACGAGGCGGAGGAGGAGACGAGCAGGAGGGAGGCGCAGUACCGCCACACCCAGAGAGAGCUGGCCGAGGAGAGGGAGACCAACAGCCGGCUGCAGAGGCAGCUGCUCGACCAACACCUUCAGACAAAGCGUAAGGAGACUCUGACGAUCCGUCAGACUCUGGACAACCUGAAGUUGGACCUGAGCAUCGACGACGAAGAUGACGAUCAUCAAACAAACAAUGUCUCCAAAGUGUAAACCCUCACACUCCACACAUUCUUUACACUGACAGUGCAGUAGCUGCAUCAAUGCUCAGUGUUGGGAAGGUUACUUUUUAAAAAAUAAUAGGUUAGACAUUACUAGUUAACCUGAAUUUGUGGACACAGAAUUCCACCGAAUUACACAUUUUUAAAAAGAUAAAAUACAACUCAGAAUGUUAACACAUCUCCACCCCCUGCAGAUAAACAGUCUGCUAAAUUCUGCACAUUUUCAUUCUGGAUCACCGCUGAAAACUGUAAAAAAAAAAAAAAAAAAAAAAGCAGAUUCCGUUUGGGUCUGGUAAUAGGUAUAUAUUGCAAUUGUAAUAUUACAAUUGAUUAAUUUUUGAUUGCUUGUCUAACAAAUGUUUUAAGGCAAGGCAAACUAUGGCAGUUUUUAACUUUCUCACUCAUUGUCUCUGUUGCCAUCUCAACGGAAAGAACGGUGCUGCUUAUGCUGAGAUAGUAGGAGAGCCAUCAAUCCAUCUUGUCAGUGGACAGUAACCGUAAACUUUAUUCCUCCGUAUUUUUUUUAAAUGUCACACUGAUCAUGUGUGAUGUAAAUUAGAGACAGUGUCGCAAAACAGUCGGCUGCAUUGCUGAAAAACGAAUAAUAAUGUUUAAAUGUACAUACAAGCUUAUUUAAAAUUCAAAAUAACAUAUCUAUGCUCCUCACUAUUAGGCUUUGGGGUCACUCACAGACAGUUUGAGAAACGGAUUUGAAUUUUAAACUAAAAAACAUGAUAUUUUACCAAAUCUACGUGAGGUAUACUGAUCUACAGUAUAUUCUCUAUAUAUUCUCUAUAAUUAGGAAUUACAAAUCCCAAAGAGCAAUGGAGAGAGAAGCUCCUGGUGGACUCAGGCCCAUUGUCAGUAUGACACAUGGUUGCACCUUCCAACACUGAAGUCAAAUGCCUCUUUUGACAUGUUGAACAUCACCUCUCUUCUUUUCUAUUACAUAGAAUAUUACAUACAAUCAUAUUCGCCUUGUUUG